AAAAAGACCGGAAAGGAAGAAAUUGGGGGGAUUCCUUGUUCUCGAUUCCUAAGAUGAAACUCUUUGUAGAGCGGAACCCCAAUUGUCUCUGACGCCCUCCGACUCUCGGCUCGGCUCGGCUCUUCCUGCUGGCCCAGGUGAAAACGAUCCGCUCCCGCUUCUGCACCGUCGACCUGCCGUUCGCCUGCGGUCCCCGCGGCCCCUUUUUAAUUUAUUGCUAAAUUGCUAUUUUUUUUUUCUUUUCCCCACGCGAGGAGGAAAAGAGAAGAGGAGGAGAAGGCGGGAUUUUUAAAGAAUAUAUAUCUGUAUUUAUAUACAGAUAUAUAUCUAUAUAUGUAUAUUUGGUCCUCGAUUGCACUUUGACCUCGGACUGCUCUACCUCAAACCUGAGAGACUCCCUCGCCUUUGUUUUUUUUCUUUUUUUCUUUUUCUUUUUCUUUUGACGACUGAUUGGUGUUCCUUCGUCUUCCGAUUUGUCCAUCCUCCUCUCUUACUAUUGUUGUUACUAUUCUUAGCCGGCUUUAUUUUGGAGAACUUCCCUUGCAAACGUUCCUAGAGCUGAGAAGGAGGGAAAAAAAAAAAAGGACAUUAUUAUUAUUAUUAACUUUCUCUUUUUUUGUUGUUUUUGAUUCUCGACUCACCACCAAACCCUCCGGACCGGGAAGGGAAGAUCGCUGAUUGUUAUUAUUAUUAUUAUUAUUGUCGUUGUUGGAACAAUUGAGAAGGAAAAGGCGGUGGGCGAGAUGCACUAAGAGGGGCGUCUGAGGGGGCAUCGCCGCUCCUGCCCCGACCUUGUCAAGACCAGCUGCCAGCUCGCUUCAGGCUCUGCCAAGGGAGCCAGGAGGGGCUCCUUUCUCUGACUCUGCCUGCCACCGUCGGGGUCUCGCUUGAGCCUGGCGUUCGGGGGGGCUCGCCUUCGUUUCGUCCCCCUGCUCUGAAACCCCGGGGAAGGGCCACUCAAGCAACGGACUUGCUCUCGGCCAACUUCGGGAUCGCCUUUCUCCGACACCUCCACGCCACGCCGCCCCCCCGCCCCACGCCCCCCAGCACGACCUCUAGCCAAAGACAAUGGUUCACUGCGCCGGUUGCAAAAGACCCAUCCUGGACCGCUUCCUGCUCAACGUCCUGGACCGGGCUUGGCACGUGAAAUGCGUCCAGUGUUGCGAGUGUAAAUGCAACUUGACGGAGAAGUGUUUCUCUCGAGAAGGAAAACUCUACUGUAAAAACGACUUUUUUAGGUGUUUUGGUACCAAGUGUGCUGGCUGCGCGCAGGGCAUCUGUCCCAGCGAUUUGGUCCGGAGGGCCAGGAGCAAAGUCUUUCAUCUGAACUGUUUCACUUGCAUGAUGUGCAACAAGCAACUGUCAACCGGCGAGGAACUUUAUAUCAUUGACGAGAACAAAUUUGUCUGCAAAGAAGAUUAUCUGAGCAACAGCAACUCUGCCAAAGAGAACAGUCUGCACUCAGCCACAACUGGUAGCGACCCCAGCCUGUCCCCGGAUUCGCAAGACCCUUGCCAGGAUGACAGCAAGGAUUUGGAAAGCGCCAAUAUCUCCGACAAAGAAGUGGGCAGCAAUGAGAACGACGACCAAAACCUGGGGGCCAAAAGGAGAGGGCCCCGCACCACCAUUAAAGCCAAGCAAUUGGAGACCCUCAAAGCAGCAUUUGCUGCCACUCCGAAACCCACCCGGCACAUCCGUGAGCAGCUGGCACAGGAGACCGGCCUUAACAUGCGUGUCAUCCAGGUAUGA